AUCCAACAACUCAGUGUAAGCAAGGGCAAUAUUUGCAUUGUCCUGAAAACUGGAAGUUUCUACGUGGAAAACACUACAACCCACAGGCAUGGAAGGGUCCAGCUGUGACCUGCUUAGCUGGGACACAACCUGCAUAACCUUCUCUGUUUCUCAUUGCUGAAUGUCUUAUUCCUCUCUUUGGUGCUGCUGCUCCAGCUCUUUGCAGCAGCAGAGGUGUUGCUGUCUCCCUGCAGCAUGACUCCCCGGGAGCACAUGAGGAAGAUGUCCAUGCUGGGGGAGCAGGGAUCACUGGAGGAGAAGCACCUGUACCGGCUGGCAGGCGGCAUGGCAGCAGGAGAACUGCGGCAGCGGCAGGAGAUGCUGAUGAGGAACCAGCUGAUGGCAGUAAACCCGCAGCUGAUGGGGCCGGGCCAGCAGAGGAUGCAGGCGAUCCCCGCCCAGUUUGAGCCGCGGCUGGUGGACAGAGAUCUGCUACCUUCAAAUGAAAUGAUGGCUGCAGCUGACCCCAGACAAAUGCACAUAGCAUCCCACCUGGGACCCACAGUCCCACAGCACCCCAACAUGCCAAACCUGCUGUCCAACCGUGUCUACCCAGGCCCAGGAUACAGCUUUCUGCAACCAGAAUCCAUGGAAGCUGUGGCCAGAAGACAAGAACUGGUUCAAAAGCAAAAUAUUGCCAGAAUGGAAAUGGAGAUGAGUGCUAUUUUGCAGCAGAAGGAAAUGGAGAAAGCCCAUCGGAAAGGACUCCUGGGCCUGGAAGCCCCUUUCCUUUACCACGGGAUGCCAGCGAGUCCCAUUGCUUUCCGUGGCAGGCACAGGCUCCCUGAAGGGCACCUUGCCAACGACCUGUAUGUCCAUCGAACCACCCUGGAUGAGAUCCAUGGCAACAGCAUGCUGAUGGCAAGCAGCCCGUACCCGCCAGUCACCACCCUGCAGAGGGAGAGGGGGCGUCGCCCAGGGAGAAGAGCUGGAAAUCACAAAACUGCCGAGGGCAGUGCCAACGGCACAAAGAACCAGGCAGAUGACAAAUCCACAGACUCCGCCUCAGCUGCAAUGGAAGAUGAGAAAGAAGACAAGAAGGAAGUAGAGGUGGAGGCACCAAACAAACACGAGCAGAGCAAAGCCCAGACUGAGCCAGCUGUAGUUGCCAAGAACUGCAAAGAGUUUGAACAAGGCUUGAGAAAAAACUGUGCUACUCAUGAAAUUCCUACUGAAACCACCAGCUGCAGCAACACAAAUGAGAAGGAAGCCAACAGCUCCUGUGCUGCUUUUGAGGACAAGUACCUGUACCCUUCUGCAAUCCCAUUCUCAGCAUUACCAUAUGGAUUUCCAGUGCCCAACAACCCACUGCUACCUUCAGGAGCCCAUGGACUGAUCCUGAAUGGAGAAGAUGUUUCUUCUGUCGAAGACAUUCGCAAGUGGACAGUGGAUGAUGUGCACAACUUCAUUGUCAGCCUCCCAGGCUGCUCAGAUUAUGCCCAGAUAUUUAAAGACCAUGCAAUUGAUGGAGAAACCCUUCCACUGCUAACAGAGGAACAUCUCCUGGAUACAAUGGGAUUAAAACUCGGACCAGCAUUAAAAAUCCGCUCUCAGGUGUCCCGACGUCUGGGCAAUGUGUUCUACAUGAUGAAUGUCCCUCUGUCCGUGCCCCUGCCUCCUGCUCCAGGGAAACCCUCAGAGCAGCCCUCUGACAUGGCCUCCCCUCUGCACUGCAACAGCAGCGGUGACGCCCUGGACAGUCCCUGCUCCCAGGACCCAGAAACUUCCCAAGCAGUGGAACAGAUGGCUUCAGAAAGCAGGGAAAAUCCAUGUGACACAGCUGGAUCCCAGGCUGAGUUCCAGAUGAUUGCUUUCCAGAAAAGUUGAGCUAAGUCCAGGACACAACCUGUUUUUAAUAAUCGAGGAACCUCUAGUUACAAAGUGUUUGAGAGGAAGCUACAGCCUGAAACCUCUGUAAGGCUGGGGCUGAAGGAAAUAAGUUGCCAAUGCAGCAUGGGGAAGUGUUGUAUCUGAAAGGCAUUCAGAAGUGCAGCUACAGGUUAGUGCAAUUACUUUCAAGUGCAAUUCAUUGAAAAGAAUACCAGUAGAGUUAACAGGUAAAUUGAUUUUUUCACUGAACUCCAGGGUUAUCACUGAAAGCUGUCAGAGACUCAGAGUGCACUGUACAUGUGUUCCAGUGGGCAACUGAGAAACUAUAUGGAAAGGUCACAGCUUCCAAACAUAGCUGACUUCUGCUUCUGUUGAACAAAACUUAUACAGAACAUUCACAUGGAAUUCAUUGGGACAGUAUGGAACUGCCUACAGAAUAGAGAGACAUAUACCCUAGACUCAGCAAUUUGAGUUAAUCCAUUGCUGCUCCAGAACUAAGCCUUUCUAAGUGCCUGGCAAAGACAUACAGCUUAUAAAGAUACACAGAUUGAACAUGAAAAUACCAUGUGUGACAGCAAUUUUAAUUAUUCCAAGGCACUCUUAUCACCAGGGCUGGAAUUUGCUUUUGUGACUGCAAGCUGCAAUGAGUCACCAGCCUCAGCCACUAAGGCCAGUCACUGGAACAGUGACAUUCCCUGCAGACAGCAGGCUCAAACCACCUGGUUCCUGCCAGCCUCUGCCAGAGCACCCUUCCCACUGGCUCACCUGGGCAAGCCAUGGAAAGCCCUUCCCUCAGGGGGAAGCACAUUCAGUGUUCUUCACUUUGGAAGAGGCCAUCAGUUUAGCCUCAGAGCUCCCUGUUCUCUGGAAGAAAUAUGGUUUCUCCUCCCUUCUGCUACAGAGGAGUCAUUAUCUCACAGCAAACAAGGACAUGAAAUGGAGCUUUUAACUGAGGACAAAUCCCCAACAUUUACUGUGAUUCCUGUGUGACUUAUCCUUGUUCCCUUUUUAGGGGUUUGGUCCUAUACUGGUUUUCCAUGCAGACUCUGGAAGUCAGUACACUUCCACUCUCCCCCCUAAAGAACUCUUCUUUACUCCAGAGGACACACAAAUAUCUUUGACAAAAUCUAGUUCUAAAACUGAGGGUUGAUAGAUUGUGGACCUCCUGUGUGUUGCUAUUUUAUAUUCUCUCCCCCUAGUUUUAGUUUGUGUGGCCUCAAGUACUGAAACCCCAAGAGGUGUGAAGCUGUUUAGAUGGUGAGUGGCUAAACACGAGGAGGGGAAGUAUUUCCAUAUUCUAUUUUUUUACUUUAGCCAGAGAUAAAUUGUUUUAUGUCUUUGUUAUAUUUGUGCACUAGAUACGUGUGAUUAGAUGUUUGCAACAGCAACCUCGAAUGUCCAUCUUACCAUACUGUCCAAACUUUGCAGCCUUUGGAAAAAUGGCAAAUAUCUAUAUUCUUUUUAGCAUAUGAAAACAAUCCCUAACUUAUCUUUUGUACAAUUGACAAUCAUGUUUACAGUGUCAUUUAUCUGAUUAAACAGAGUUAAUGACUUGGUUUUCUAAUGGCAUCCUAUCUCCUCUCUGUGUGAAAUAUUCGACUCAAUGCACAUGAGACCUUCUCCACCCUGGAAGAGGAAUCUCUGACACUGUUCAGGGGAAUCAGGCCAGGAGAUGUCGCUGCAAAGCCACUCGGUCACCUGCUGCGCCUCCGAAGGGAAACGCAGCACACCUGAAACACCGGGGACAUGUUAAGGGCGACGAUAUGAAGAAACUUUGCUUGUUUUUCUAAAGUGACAGCAGAAAAGCUUGACUUCAAGUCCCAUAUGGGAGGAAGGAUUGAGAUGUGGUUCUGAAGGGUGUGAUUAUUUUUGUAAAUGGGUCAGACAAUGCCAAAAUCUGAGCAAGUUGGGAUGAAAAGUUUGCAGUCUUGCAUUACUUCUGCAAUUAAAAAAAAAAACAAAAACCACCAAACAUAAGGUCCUUCCUUUGCUCAUACUGCCCAAAAUGACAAAAGGAAUUACUUCGUAGCUUCCUAUACUGGGGGAGAUGUGCUGCAACAGCCAAAAUGCAAUAAGCCCUGAACAGUAAACAGCUGUGAAGUGAAAUAGGAAGGAAAGGGAUUUACCUAAACAGACAUAAUAGAUUCUAUUUCUAAUGGAGGAAAUACCACUGGUAAUGAAUGUUUCCUCUCCUACAAACACUUCUGAGAAAAUGAAAAUAACAGGUAAAAAUAAUUUAAAAGUACACAGAAUCAGUAGACAGACCAGUAUUUCCACAGGUUGAUGUGUUUUCAGGAAUUGUGUUUAUAUAUAAACAUUGAGGCCUUACUGAUUCUCAUGUUCUUUUUGGACAUUUAUUGUUUAUUCCACCUGCAAGGGGGUUCAGGUAUCAUUCACAAGUACCUAAGAAAGGUGGCAGAACUCUGCCUCCUAAUAACUUUCUGGUGCCUGUGCCACCACUGCAUUCAUUUUUUCUGCAACGCAACUAAAAUUACAGUGGGAUGCAGAUGAUGUGUUUUAAUUCAUGUUGCAUCAUUAGAAAUGUUUCAUUUACCAUCUAUUGCUGUAUUAGUCCAUAGCAGUGAUGCAGUUAACAAAGAGAAUGUUUUUAUGAGGUUGUAGAAGUUCUUAAUUUUGUCUGUAUCUACAGUAAAUGUGUAGGCUCCUAGGGAAAGAGACUUCAAUUUUUAAUUUUUUUUUUUAAUAGUGCCAAUGUUAAAGACAAGAUUAAUAAAAAGGUAUAACAAACAUAAUGCAAAAUGGUCCUGUAUCAUAAAUAACAGAUUUAAGAAAAUCCUGAAGAGGAAGAAAUGGCUUGUCUUUCCUACAACAACCUGGGUUUCUGGUCUUAUGUAGGUUGCAGAUGAUGAUGACGUGGAAUACAAACUCACAUGGACCUAAAUAGAUAAUUCUCUGAUCAAUUUCCCAGGUGAAGAUUCUCUAAAAAAUUCCUAAUAAUUCCUAAAACUUCCUAAUCUCUAAUAAUAUUCCAAAUUUCUCACAGAAUUCUCACCAGGUCCAAGUCAGGCAGUCACUUUAUUCCAGCAUACAAACAAAAGAACAGGCACAUAGGUUCACAAGGUGAUGGUGUUUCAAACUGACCCAAACCCAUGUCACCAGCUACUAUAUAAAACUUUACAUUCCAAGACUUUAUAAAAUUGUGAUUCUGCCAGAGAAUAGUUUUCAGAAUGUUAAAUUAUCCUUUGAGUGUGAAACAGAAAUAACCCGCUCCGGUUUUUAAAAUCACCUCUAGUUUUUAAACUCAUUAGAAAUUUCUUGUAUUUUCAACUUUCCAAUUACC